AUGUCCCAGUCACCGUCAGCAGGCGGUGCCAUGGGUAUCGGCAGCGUGCUUAACAUCAAGGCAGAGCCGGGCAUGCAGCAACCUUCUGUUGAACAACAGCAGGACGCGACUGCCGAGCAACCUCAACAGCCGCAACAGCAACAACAGCAAAAGCAGCCUGCCACUCAGCCGCAUCAGCCGCAUCAGCAGAUGCUAGUCGAGCGGCCUAACUCGGCGCACGGUUCUGACCAGUCGAGAUACUCCGGUCCGAUGAAUGCAUCGUACCCAUCUCCAACUGUCAUAGGCGCUGUUCCCUUGCCGCCUGUGCCCAGCGCCAAUAUGGCACCUGCUCCGAUGCUUCACCCUGACUUGCGUAAUGUCGUACCCGGAAUGCCUCCCGUGCAGACAGUUGCACGUCCUCAACCGGCGAGAGCCUUUCCUUGCAGCACCUGCGGAAAGGAGUUCGCAAGACGUAGCGACCUUGCCCGACACGAGAGAAUCCACACCGGCGUCCGCCCUCAUGCCUGCGACUAUCCUGGCUGCGAGAAACGAUUCAUCCAGCGGAGUGCUCUCACGGUGCACUCGCGUGUGCAUACUGGUGAGAAGCCUCACCAGUGUGAGCGAUGCGGAAAGCCUUUUAGUGAUAGCAGCUCUCUAGCUCGGCACCGCCGGAUUCACUCGGGCAUGCGGCCUUACAAAUGCCCUUAUGAAAACUGCCAGAAGACUUUCACUCGUCGUACGACCCUGACAAGACAUCAAAACCACCACUCAGGCACUGUAGAGGAUGCAGCUCGUGCUCGAGCCGAAGCUUUGGCUCAAGGAGGUUUGGCUCAGGGUGCAAGCGCUGCAGUUGUGGCUGCGGCUGCAGCUGAGGCUGUUCGAGCCAAUUCACAAUCCUCAAACGAGCAGGCAUCGAACCAGGAGUCUCCACUCAACACCCCUUCUCGCACCAUGUCGAUGUCGCCGGGUGCAGAUCUGGCCGGAAUCAAUAACCUACAGUACCUGAGCAACAAUGCUCUUCCGCCACAUCUUCGUGGAGAUGUGCAUGUCGGCAGCCCCUCGCCGACGGCAUCUGUGGGAUACAAUAACGGCAUGCGACCCACGUCUCACCCGACUGGAUAUGCCCCCCCUCAGGCUAUCGAGCCGACCAUCGAACACCAGCAAGGCCCCGGAAGUGCCGCUGGUAGUCCCCACAUGGCCAGUGUUGGCUGGGCGUCUCCUGGGCCUGUCGGCUCGCCUGCCCAUAGCCCCAACAGCAAUGGAUAUACGUAUCCAGACCCUGCUGACCCAUACCAGAGCAGCACUCCUGUCCCUCAGAUGUUUUACAAUGGCGCAGCGCCUACACGAGGCUCGGGGAGCGUUGAGCCAGGCAACCCCGCCUACGAUGCGAAGGGCCGGCAGGCGGAGCUCUGGACGACUGCUCAGUGA